GUUGUUGUUGCCGCCAUAGGUGGAGGUUGCAUGGGAGCAUGUUCGGAUUAAAGCUGUGAUCAUCAACGGCUCCCCUGGCUGCGCCGGUCAGCGUGACGCACAGAAGUGAAGGCGCACCGCCGCGACCGGAGUCACAUUGGAUUAGAGCCAGUGACAGCGGAGGGAUCACCAAGUUGAGAUGCUGCGAGAGCCCGUGGUUGUGUGAGAAAGGAUGCUCUCGUUUCGCAGUUCUCAUGGUGUGAUAAGUUUGAACAGAAAAUAACGGGAGAGGAGCGCGUUCGUCUUUUUUUUGGAUGUAUUUCCUUGAACUGCUUUAAGAGAAAAAGGUGAAGCGUGUGCAGUUUUAGGCUUUUGGUCAGCCUGUGAAUAGAUUUUCGUUGUGAGAGCAGCGGAACAAAGCAUACGCCAGGCUGAAUGCCCAACACAGAUAAACAAAUAUGACGGCCGAUGUCAUGUCUGCUUUUGCGCAACGAUAUCGCUGAUAAAAUUACAAACCUCGGAUGAAUUCUGGAGUCUAGAUAACUAUUUUUUUGGGAGAAAGAGAGGAUCUAAUCCCGUUUGGCGCAUCUAUCUCCCCGGCUGCGCGUAAUGGGAGAAAAGUUUCGGACCUUGCAGAGGAGACGCACUCGCAGCAUCCCGCCGACGACGCGCUUGUAAAUAUCAUGUGAAUCCCGCUGUUCUGUCCGCGGCCGACCAAGUUUGAAAGUGAAUUUCAGCCAUUCAGUAUGACUUGAAACACCCUUUGGGUUAUCGGAACUCGCACCAAGCCAGUUAACGAUCCAUGAACCGCCGAUCCGAUUUGUCCAAAGACGCGCAGACGGACAUUAAUGAUCUAGAGAGGAUUUCUGCAGCAGCAGCAGCAGCGCAGUGACAGCCUGAUCCCACUUAGAGAGAGAGAGAGAGAGAGAGAGAGAGAGUCCCCCUGGAUGUCUAUGAUGUUGUACCAGCUCGGGCAAAGGUGUGUGAUGGAGGUGGUGGUGCUGACCAUACUGUCCUGGGUGUCCGUGUGGGCAGAGGAGAAGAUCAUAUUUGACAGACACGCUGUCUACUGGAACAGCUCCAACCCCAAGUUCUGGCACGGAGAGUACAGGGUGGCAGUGAACAUCAAUGACUAUCUGGACAUCUACUGUCCUUACUAUGAGGGUCCUCCGUCCCACGGGCGCAUGGAGCGCUACAUCCUCUUCAUGGUCAACCACGAGGGCUACACUUCCUGCCAGCACAGGAUGCGUGGCUUCAAGCGCUGGGAGUGCAACCGUCCCAGCGGUCCUGACGGACCCCUGCGCUUCUCAGAGAAGUUCCAGCUCUUCACUCCCUUCUCCCUGGGCUUUGAGUUCAGGCCUGGACACGAGUACUAUUACAUCUCGUCUCCCCAUCCAAACCAUGUGGGGCGGGCAUGUCUAAAGCUGAAGGUGUAUGUCAGACCUCCAGAUGGGUCGGGAUAUGAUUCUCCGGAGCCCUUCCUGACUGAUGGAGGUCCAAGCUGGAGGCCAGGGUCCAUGGCCCUGUUAGCUGUUCUGGCCUCACUGCUCCUGGGACUCUUCUCCUGGCUGUGACCCCUUACCCCUCAUCCUGGAGCUCCCACCCCAGGGUCACUGGGCUGGGCUGGCUGUCCCUCUAAAUCCACCACCCCUCAGGGAAGCCCUCUGUCUCCGUCCCCCCCCUCCCCCCUUCCCACCUCCACCUCUAUACGACCACCAACCACCCCCACUGCCAGCCCCCUCCAUGGCCCAUCCACGGGCACCCUUCUCAGGCCUGGCUGAGAGGGUUGGAUCUUGAGCUGCCUGGGAAGCUGCCCAUCUUCUGGUCUGGGUGGAACGGACGUGUUGCACCUCUCAGCUGAAAAACACAAGGGAAAUGUCUCUGCACUCAUAUGAGAGGGUCCUAUUUGAUUUGACUAUUGACUCUUGGCCACUGAUGGGGUAGAUGUAGCCAUGGCUAUGAUUAAACUUGUCGUUCCAGUGCAAUUCCUAUCAUCCAAUCAACGGCAGGAUGCAUUAAGCGAUAGGCCUGGAUGCACAAAAAUUGGAUUUUUCUCACAUUGCUAUCCCAUUCUCAAAGCAAGAAUUGGAAGUGGCCAAGCUUGCAUUGUAAUUGGAAUUCUAUACUAUCUGGACAAUUUCCAACUGCAACCAGAAUAAGAGCAAAUGUACAGCGAUGGAGAGGAGAAAAGUGGCCCGGCCUGUGUGGAAAAGAAAGGGAAAACAAUGCGGGCACAGGUUUAAAUACAUACGGCCGUAUGGGAAAUGUAAUAUUAUAUGUGUUGAUAUUUUCAGGCUCAGUGUGGAUUUAUGGCAAUGUGAUAUAAAAAUCAUACAGUUUGAUUUUUGUGGAACGCUCGGAUAUCACAUUAUAACGACAAGUAUAA